AUGGAAAGCGAGACAACUGUCAACGAUGUGGUGGACAUCGCUUCGGAGGAAUUGGAGUCGGCGUUCAGCCAGUGGUCCAUCAGUGAAGACGUGGUGAAAGCCGAAGACGUUGUGGACAAGCGUGUGAUACCCGGAGGAAGAAACGUAUUGAUUACAAGCGCUCUUCCGUAUGUCAAUAAUGUGCCGCAUUUGGGAAACAUUAUCGGAUCCAUACUCAGCGCCGACGUCUUCGCCCGGUAUUCACGGCUCAAAGGCGUGAACACACUGUACGCCACGGGAACCGAUGAAUACGGAACGGCCACAGAGAAUAAAGCCCUCGAGGAAGGGGUCACACCCAAAGAAAUCUGUGAUAAGUAUUACAAAAUACAUAAAGAUAUCUACGACUGGUUUGACAUUUCGUACGACUAUUUUGGCCGCACGACGACUGAAGAGCAGACAGCGAUCGCUCAGCAGAUCUUCUGGAGACUCCAUGAGAACCAAUACCUUCUGGAAGAAGUGACACAACAACUGCAUUGUCCGAAAUGUGACCGCUUUCUGGCGGACCGCUUUGUUGAGGGCAACUGUCCCUUCUGUGACUACUGUGAGGCGCGCGGAGACCAGUGCGACAAAUGCGGGAAAUUGAUUAAUGCCAUUGAACUCAAAGAACCCAAAUGUAAACUCUGUUCGACAACACCGCAGAUCCGGUCGUCGAAGCAUUUGUUUCUCGAUUUGCCGAAACUUCAGCCGAAGAUCGAGGAGUGGUUUAAAGAGACGACUCAAUCAAAGGAGAACUAUUGGUCGCAAACGGCAAAAGUGAUCGCCAGCUCAUGGCUUAGGGAUGGACUCAAACCGCGUUGUAUUACACGCGACCUGAAGUGGGGAACACCUGUGCCUUUGGAGGGCUUUACCGAUAAGGUGUUCUACGUCUGGUACGACGCGCCCAUUGGCUAUCCAUCGAUUACAGCCCAUCAUAACAAACUGAAGGACAUAGCGAUGGCAUACCAGCAAAUGUCUCAGGAGGAAGACAACAGCAGUUUUAUACCAUUGGCUCUCUAUCUGUCGAGCGAUUACUUUCUGGAGCACCCGUCCCGCGAUGUGCGGCUUCUGGUCGCCUGUGCCAUCGCCGACGUGUUCCGUGUGUACGCACCCAACGCUCCCUAUCAACACCCGGAGCUCAUCAAACAUAUAUUUCUCUUCUUUAUUCAACAGUUAAAAGGAUUACAAGAUCCAAAAGACGCCACUUUUAAGCGCUAUUUCUAUCUCUUGGAGAACCUGGCGUGGGUUAAGUCGUUCAACAUAUGCAUCGAACUCGAAGACUCGCAAAGUAUUUUUGCCCAAUUGUUUUCAUUGAUAUUUAAGAUUGUGAAUGAGAACCACAGCGACAAAGUGAAGAACUUUAUGCUGGAUAUGUUGACACCAUUGAUCAUAGAAGCGGAUACCGUCUCAUCGAAACUGAUUGAGAUAAUUCUGUGGCACAUAAUUGAUCCCAAGAAGACAAUGAACAAACAGGCAAAUUGGUUGGCCGUUCAGAUCUUGAAGAAGACUAACAAAACUAUGGAACCAUAUCUGGUGUCGUAUUUCACGAAUGCCAUCACUCAUGGCAUCGAUGAUAACGCCGGCGAUAUUGACGGCGACGAAGAGACGAGUGCUGUUGUCUACCAAAAGCCGGCC